AUGGCUAAAUGGUUUAGUGUAAUAUUGAGUUUCGUAUUGAUUGUUUGUUGGUUGACUUGUCUUUCUCAUGCCACAACUCCAGUACUCAGCUCAAGACACGAAGAUGGUGGUGAUUUGACCAUCACUAUUGAUUUAUCAAUUGGAAAGAAAAGAUCAGUUUCACAUGUAAAAAAAGAAACAAAUCAAGAUGGUCAACCAAAGAUUGAUUCACUUUCAAAGAAGGCUGCUUCAAUUAUUGAAAUUUCUGUUUCUUCCAAGGAUGCGACUCAAAUAUCUGAAGACAUAUUGAUUCUAGCUAACGAAAUUAGAAAUAAAUUCAACAAAGUUGGAGAAUUCAUGAGUGGACCAGUUGCUAAAAAACUUGAAAAGUGGAAUAUGAAAUCUUUGGCUAGCAUUUCCAAAAACACAGGUGGUUCCAUUAGUACCUAUUCUAAAAAGUUGGAGCCAUAUGAGCAGAAGGCUGCCAAGUUUAUUGCACCAGUUGUCAAAUCAAAAAGUUUCCAAGUUGUCAAGAAAUCUGUGAAUGUUGUAAGUGGAGUUUUGGGAAUUCAUGGCGGAUUGAAAUCUUUGCAUUUGAUUAAAGGAGGAGGUGUCAAGUUGCCAACCAAUUUUGCUGCUUUGAAGAAAUCUCUCUCAACUUCUGUUGCUCAAUCAAAAAAACUCAUUCAAAAUGCCAAGACCUUUGUAAAUUCUAGUGGAAAGUUGACGAAAGUUGUUGGAGCUUCUAAACAAGCUUUGAAAACUGCUGGAAGAGUGGCAAAGAUGAAUGCUGUUACAUUCAAGAGAAUGUCAACUUGGAAUAAGAUUAAACAUGUUGAUGGAUUGAAGGGUGCCUAUGAUUCUGUGAAUGAUUUCAAGACUGAUUAUUCGAAUGUCAAGAAGUAUGUUGCUAACAGAUCUAAAAAGAAUCAAGCAAGUGGUACCAAUAAGAAACAACAAGUUUCUUCUAGAAAUAAUAGUAGAAACAGCAGAAACACUAAGAACAAUUCUAACAGAAACAAUGUAGUUUCUUCCAGAAGUACAAGCAGUAGAACCAAUAAUAAUAGCAACAGAAAGAAUACAAAUUCAAGAAACACAGUAGGUCAAAGAUCAAGAAGCAGUUCAGGACGAAACUCUUCAAAGCCUUCUUCCCAAAGAAAAGUUUCCAAAUCUAAUUCCACUAAAAAGAAGGGUGGCGGUUAA